AUGCCGCCGGUUCGCUACCGGAAAGUGCUCAUCCUCGGGUACCGCGCGGUGGGCAAAACCUCCUUGGCUCACCAGUUCGUGGAGGGGAAGUUCGUGGAGUGCUACGAGCCCACGGUGGAGAGCACCUACAGCAAGAUGGUGGUGGUGGGCAAGGACGAGUUCCAGCUCCAGCUGGUGGACACAGCCGGGCAGGACGAGUACACCAUCCUCCCCCACUCCUUCGUCAUCGGCAUCCACGGCUACGUCCUGGUGUACUCAGUGACCUCCCUGCAGAGCUUCCAGGUGGUGAAGACCCUUCACAACAAGCUGUAUGAGAGCAGGGGCAAGACGCGCAUGCCCGUGGUGCUGGUGGGGAACAAGGCAGACCUGUCCCUGCAGAGCCGGGAGGUGAGGACAGAUGAAGGGAAGAAGCUGGCAGAGUCGUGGGGAGCCAUCUUCCUGGAGUCCUCUGCCAAGGAGAGCCAGGUGACCCAGGGGAUCUUCACGAAGAUCAUUGAGGAGAUCGACCGAGUGGACAACUCCUACGGCAGAGCCAGUGGCUGCCGCCUGGUGUGA